CUCUCAACCCUUUCAUUCUUCGCUCGACACCGACGCUGACACGGCUACGACUAGGACCAGGACCACGACGGAAGGACUCGAACCGCUUUCGCAAACCCACACAGGAACACACAUUCUCUUUUUUUUUUAAACUUAACUAACCAACAACAACAAUGGCUGCGGCACGUAUCCCAGUAAAGUCUCGUCCGACAAGGGCCAAAGCUGACCCGGAACCCCGGGUCCCCGUCAUCAAGGACGGAUCUCUCGAAGCCGUAGCCGAGUAUAUCAACGAGGGCAAAGCCAAGAACAUCAUCGUAAUGAGUGGCGCCGGUAUCUCAACAGCGGCGGGUAUCAAGGACUUUCGAUCCCCUGGCACAGGACUCUACGAUGACCUCGAAAGGUUUAACCUGCCCUAUCCAGAAGCCGUCUUUGAUAUCUCAUUCUUCAAGGACAACCCAAGUCCCUUUUUCAGAUUAGCCAAGGAACUACUUCCUGGACGAUAUCGCCCAACCCUGACGCACUAUCUGCUACCACUGCUCGCCAAGAAGGGUCUGUUACUCAGAUCAUACACACAAAAUAUCGACAUGUUGGAACGGUUGACAGGAUUAGACGAGGAGCUCUUAGUGGAGGCCCACGGAUCCUUUGCAACUUCAAAGUGUAUUCUGUGUGAUGUCCACUCCGACUCUGCUUGGGUUCGAAAGCAUAUCUUAAAGAGCGAGAUCCCGUACUGCAAGGGCUGCGGUGGACUGGUCAAGCCGACAAUCACCUUCUUUGGCGAGAUGCUUCCCACCCGAUUCGGAAACCUCGCUGCCAUGGACUUCAAAAAAUGCGACCUAUUGAUUGUCUUGGGAACCUCUUUGCAAGUCGAACCCUUCAACCGUUUGAUCACCAAGGUCUCGCCCAAAUGCCCACGUCUGCUCAUCAACCGCGAACGCGCCGGCGAGGAUAUGCAUUCUGGAUUCGAUUUCGAUGACAAGUGGAAGUACACCUAUCAGCGCGACGCAUUGUUUCUUGGAGCUUGUGAUGAAGGCGUGCGUAAACUCGCCAAGCUCUGUGGAUGGGAGGUAAUAUACAGAUAUGAAUGGAAGUUGGAAAAGAGACUGCGAAUGCUUUGAUAUUGUGCUCUAACGUUUGUCUUGCG